UCCUACCAGACCUUAGGUUUUUUAGGAGCUUCUUCUAGCUCUACAGCUACUCUAAACAGUUUAUAAUUUCACUCAGCUUCCGAGAAGCUAUAGUUAAUUAGUUAUAUAAUCUAGAAAAAUAAACUAAGUCAGAACUUAAAUAACUUUUUUUUAAUUCUCAUCAACUAGCUUUUUAUCAGUUGCUUCUCAGGACCUUCAAUCUUAAAGCUCUCAUAAACAGGAUCCUAGAGGAUCUAGGAAGAUAUGAUAACCCUUUUACAUUGUGUGAUUACAAAAUGGUCUACGAACAAGGAAAAUUACAAGUACUUUGAAGAAACAAGAAAAGCAACCGGAUCCUUGUGAUGCCAUCGCAAACAAAAUCAAGAUAGUUGAUGCCAUCAAACCACUAUGCAUAGAUACAUUGGGUGACCUUACCGGGCUGCAUUAACCUUGCACACCACAAUUCUUGCCCUCGUGGGGGUCUCCGAUCAAUGAAGGUUUGGUUGUCUCUUUGCGAAAACGACCAUCUUAACCUUUUAGUUGAAGUCGUCAUAGGUGAGAAAAAUGAUUGGCAUUGACCUUGUAAAGCAUGCAUCAGAGUUUUGUCAAUUGGUGCAACCGCGCCUAUAGCCAAUACCUUCAACAAGGAAGCGAAACGCUACCAGGUACAACCAACUAAAGCUAGUUCUAGAGAUUUAACCUUAAAGUCAAGGAACUGAUACAUGGGCAUCACCUAAUCGGUUCCACAGUUAUAUUGUUCCUCCAUUCCUAGCCGGUUCCUCCAUAUCUCCCACUCUUAGCCCUAUUUCAAUUGGCUAUAAACUACACAACUGCAACCUUUUUAGAUGUGUUACCCUGCUGUUGUAGUGUUGCGAGCAAGUCAAUAGAUACACGCCCAACAUCCAUGAGGUCCAUCUAAAGAGCAGAUGAGUUGUCGAUGUAAAUGAUACCAUUGAAGCCAAAAUGUGGCAUUACUCUACAUGAUACCAAAGUAAUUGUGAGUGACAAUUUAACCAUACUUAGGUCAUUUACCAAAUUAUGAAACAGAUUUUUUAUUCACGCUUCAAAAAAUACAUUUUCUCGUAGAACUUUUUUUAUUGUUUACACCACUUGUUUUAAAGUAUUUUUAAGUUUAUUUAUUAAAAUAUUUAAUUUAUCCGUAUAAUCAAAUGGAUAAUCUGCACCAACAAUCAGUUCCCAUUUAUAUUUAUGAAAACAUAAGCUAAUUUUAUUUUCAAAAUCUAGCUUCACGUAAAAUUACGUGGGAAUAUUCGCUAGCUAGUUGUGGUUAGUAGGAGUACGUAGGAAGCCCACAUUUGCACAUCACGCAUCAGAACAAACCAGGCCCACGGUGAAACUCACCAAUUCUCACCACUCCGUCCUCUCCUCCUCCUCUCCCGAGCUCUGAGCCUGCCAUCUCUCUCUCACCGCCUCACGCCGUCCUCCGACGUUCGCCGGCGACGUUGAUGGCGCCACGACCUCUCCCGAGUCCUGACGACGCGCCACCUCAGCCUUCUCUCUUCCUAGCCAUGGAGAGCGGUCAACUCCCAGCACCACGCCUCUGCGCUUUUGAGCGGCAUUUCGCCGAACAUGUGGCGUGCAUGGUCGGAUUCUCAAAGCAAUUGCGAUCGGGAACGCGCUCCACAUCUCCCCCACCAGGAAGCAGCCGAUGACCGUCCUCCAUGACGUCAGCGGAAUAAUCAAGCCCCGAAGGAUGACAUUACUUCUAGGACCUCCUGGGUCAGGCAAGACAACGUUGCUCCUGGCAUUGGCUGGGAAGCUUGAAGACAAUCUCAAGGUUUCUGGGAAGGUUACCUACAAUGGCCAUGGGAUGGAUGAGUUUGUGCCUCAAAGGACAGCUGCUUACAUCAGCCAGCAUGAUCUCCACAUUGGAGAGAUGACAGUGAGGGAGACCUUGGCCUUCUCGGCACGGUGCCAAGGUGUUGGAUCUCGAUAUGACAUGCUUACAGAGUUGUCAAGGAGGGAAAAAGCAGAGAACAUCAAGCCAGAUCAAGAUAUUGAUGUCUAUAUGAAGGCCUCAGCUAUUGGAGGACAAGAGUCCAGCGUUGUCACUGAAUACAUAUUGAAGAUUUUAGGAUUAGACAUUUGUGCAGACACAGUGGUAGGGAAUGAUAUGUUAAGGGGUGUAUCUGGUGGACAACGGAAGCGUGUGACUACAGGUGAGAUGCUUGUUGGUCCAGCAAGAGCUCUGUUCAUGGAUGAGAUAUCGACCGGACUGGAUAGUUCAACCACAUACCAGAUUGUGAAUUCCAUUGGGCAGACCAUCCGUAUCCUUGGUGGAACUGCUGUCAUCUCCUUGCUACAGCCGGCACCUGAAACAUACAACUUAUUUGAUGACAUUAUACUCCUCUCAGACGGGCAGAUUGUGUACCAGGGUGCCCGCGAACAUGUGCUCGAGUUCUUCGAGUUGAUGGGCUUCAGAUGCCCCCAAAGAAAAGGAGUUGCUGACUUCUUGCAGGAAGUGACAUCAAAGAAAGACCAGGAACAGUAUUGGUAUAGGAAUGACAUACCAUACUCUUUCGUGCCUGUGAAGCAAUUCGCAGAUGCAUUCCGUUCCUUCCACGUGGGACAGUCUAUUCAGAAUGAACUUUCGGAGCCAUUUGAUAGGAGCAGGAGCCACCCUGCUUCUCUUGCUACCUCCAAGUUUGGAGUUAGCUGGAUGGCGUUGCUCAAAGCCAAUAUUGAUAGAGAGCUUCUACUCAUGAAGAGGAACUCGUUUGUGUACAUCUUUAAAGCUGCCAAUUUAACUCUUACCGCGUUCCUCGUAAUGACCACGUUUCUUCGUACCAAAAUGCGCCAUGAUACAACUUAUGGAACGAUCUAUAUGGGGGCUCUGUACUUUGCCCUUGACACAAUCAUGUUCAAUGGGUUCGCGGAGCUUGGCAUGACUGUCAUGAAGCUUCCUGUCUUCUUCAAGCAGAGGGAUCUUCUAUUCUUCCCUGCAUGGACCUACACCAUACCAUCAUGGAUUCUUCAGAUCCCCGUCACAUUUUUUGAGGUUGGAGUUUAUGUUUUCACAACAUACUAUGUUGUUGGCUUUGAUCCCAAUGUGAGCAGGUUCUUUAAGCAGUAUCUGCUACUUGUUGCACUUAAUCAGAUGUCAUCUUCACUGUUUCGAUUUAUUGCUGGCAUCGGUAGAGACAUGGUUGUGUCUCAAACCUUCGGACCCUUAUCAUUGUUGGCUUUCACAGCACUGGGUGGCUUUAUUCUUGCAAGACCUGAUGUGAAGAAAUGGUGGAUUUGGGGUUACUGGAUUUCUCCCUUAUCGUAUGCACAGAAUGCUAUUUCAACAAACGAAUUUCUAGGGCGCAGUUGGAACAAAAGUUUUCCUGGACAAAAUGACACUGUCGGAAUAAGCAUUCUGAAAUCUCGAGGCAUAUUUACUGAAGCUAAGUGGUAUUGGAUUGGGUUUGGUGCUUUGAUUGGAUAUACACUCUUGUUCAACCUCCUUUACACUGUGGCACUUUCAUUUUUGAAACCACUUGGUGACUCUUACCCAUCAGUGCCUGAAGAUGCACUGAAGGAAAAGCGUGCCAACCAAACUGGUGAAAUUCUAGAUAGCUGUGAGGAAAAGAAAUCUAGAAAGAAGGAACAGUCCCAAAGUGUCAACCAAAAGCAUUGGAAUAACACUGCAGAAUCUAGUCAGAUCAGGCAGGGAAUACUCCCCUUUGCACAACUGUCACUUAGUUUUAAUGACAUAAAAUACUCAGUGGACAUGCCUGAGGCAAUGACAGCACAAGGAGUAACAGAAGAGCGCUUGUUACUUUUAAAGGGUGUUAGUGGUUCGUUUAGGCCAGGAGUACUUACCGCACUGAUGGGUGUGAGUGGUGCUGGAAAGACUACUCUGAUGGAUGUAUUAGCAGGGAGGAAAACUGGAGGAUACAUAGAGGGAGACAUCACCAUCUCAGGCUAUCCAAAGAAACAAGAGACCUUUGCGCGUAUAUCAGGAUACUGUGAACAAAAUGAUAUUCAUUCUCCACAUGUAACAGUUUAUGAGUCACUCGUAUUUUCUGCUUGGAUGCGGCUUCCUUCAGAGGUUGAUUCAGAAACAAGAAAGAUGUUCAUAGAGGAGGUCAUGGAGCUUGUAGAGCUCACAUCACUGAGGGGUGCACUCGUUGGGCUUCCUGGAGUGAAUGGCUUGUCAACUGAGCAACGGAAGAGGCUAACUGUUGCUGUGGAGCUUGUUGCUAACCCUUCGAUCAUUUUUAUGGAUGAGCCUACAUCUGGUCUUGAUGCUCGGGCCGCUGCAAUUGUGAUGAGGACCGUAAGGAAGACCGUUGACACUGGUAGGACUGUUGUUUGCACAAUUCACCAGCCAAGUAUUGACAUAUUUGAAGCAUUUGAUGAGCUUUUCCUAAUGAAAAGAGGAGGAGAAGAGAUAUAUGUUGGUCCAUUGGGCCAGAAUUCCUCAAAACUGAUUGAGUACUUUGAGGGAAUUGAAGGCAUUAGUAAGAUAAAAGAUGGCUACAAUCCAGCAACAUGGAUGUUGGAAGUAACCUCUACUACACAAGAGGAGAUGCUUGGGAUUGAUUUCAGUGAAAUCUACAAACGAUCAGAACUAUAUCAAAGGAACAAGGAACUUAUACAAGACCUAAGCACACCUACUCCUGGUUCUACUGAUCUCCAUUUCCCUACACAGUACUCUAGGUCGUUCUUCACACAAUGCAUAGCUUGCUUGUGGAAGCACAAGUUAUCAUAUUGGAGGAAUCCAUCCUACACAGCAGUGAGGUUACUCUUCACCAUCAUCAUUGCACUACUGUUUGGAACAAUGUUUUGGGACCUCGGAAGGAAAACAAAAAAAGAACAGGAUCUAUUCAAUGCUGUGGGAUCAAUGUAUGCUGCAGUUCUUUACAUUGGGAUACAAAAUUCUGGUUGUGUUCAACCUGUAGUGGUGGUGGAGAGAACAGUCUUUUACCGAGAAAGAGCUGCCGGCAUGUAUUCAGGUUUCCCGUAUGCAUUUGGACAGGUUGCGAUCGAAUUGCCAUACAUCCUAGUUCAGACACUGGUAUAUGGUGUACUAGUCUACUCAAUGAUUGGGUUUGAAUGGACUGUUGCUAAGUUCAUUUGGUACCUGUUCUUCAUGUACUUCACAUUGCUGUAUUUCACGUUCUUCGGAAUGAUGGCAGUAGGAUUGACACCAAACGAGAGCAUUGCAGCUAUCAUUUCACCAGCAAUCUACAAUGCAUGGAACCUCUUCUCAGGAUAUCUUAUACCUCGACCUAAAAUUCCUGUCUGGUGGAGGUGGUACUGUUGGAUUUGCCCUGUUGCAUGGACAUUGUAUGGAUUGGUUGCCUCCCAGUUUGGAAAUAUCCAAACUAAACUUGAUGGCAAAGACCAAACCGUGGCUCAGUUCAUUACGGAAUACUAUGGUUUCCAUCAUGACUUACUAUGGCUUGUUGCCGUUGUGCAUGUUGUUUUCACUGUGAUGUUCGCUUUCCUGUUCAGUUUUGCAAUCAUGAAGUUCAACUUCCAGAGGAGAUGAAGAAGAUGCCAUUCUUAGAUGUAGUCGUAGAAGAUGGUGUAGUCUCAUAUAUAGAGUUUAUUUUCAUUCGGUACAUAGAAAAUGUAACAAGUUCCUUGUAAGUUGUAACCAGCUCAUACUAGGCAGAGCAGAGGCAAUAACUUCAUCUCAAGAAAUGCUGCUGUAUUUGACAAUUAAAUAAAUGCAGAUUUUUUUGUUCAUUCAAUCUA